UGACGGCGGGGCCCGUGCGGCCCGGCACGAGUCGCCCGUGAGCGCCUAGCGUGCCCGGGACGGCCGCGGAGGGAGCUCCGUCCGCCGGCCGGCGUCUGAGCAGCUCUUUCCUCUCCACCCCGUGCCCGCCUGCCCCGCAGACGCCAUGGACGAAGAGGACAGACAGAGGAAGCUGGAAGCCGGCAGGGCUAAGCUUGCUCAGUAUCGACAAAGAAAAGCCCGACCUGAUGGGCAGAAUCCUAAGAAGCAAAAGAAGAAAAAAAUUUCAAGCUUAAAUAUUAAUCAAGAGAAUGAUGAGACAUCCAUAAAUAGUUCUCAAUGCGUAGAAUCAGCCGGGAAUCCUGAUUCUACCAGAAUGAGAGCUCUUCCCAGUGGACAAAUAGAAAAUCAUGAUCAGGUCUUUGUUGAACAUGAAAGUGAAGUUUCAACCACGGCAGAUGAUUCUAGUUCAUUAGAGAUAAAUGGCUGCUGUUUUGUGACAGAAACAGGAGAGUCUACAGAUUUAUUACGGGAAGAAGAACUUGGCAUUGACAAUUCUCAUUCAGAACAAGGAGCUCAGUCCAGUCAGACCUGUCUCAAAAUGAUGAAAAAUGAAUUGGCUGGAAAACAGCACGAGAUUGAAGAACUAACUCAACAGCUGGAAGAGAUGAGUGGGACUGAAGUUCUGAAGCGGCUACAGGAAUUUGAGGCUGCCGUUAAACAAAGAGACUGUAUCAUUACUCAGCUAAUUGCCAACUUGCAGCAAGCGACAAAAGAAAAGGAUGAGACAAUGAAAGAAUUUUUAGAGUUGACAGAGCAAAGUAAAAAAUUACAGAUUCAAUUCCAGCACUUACAGGCUAGUGAGACUCUGCGGAGCAGCACCCACAGUAGCACUGCUGCAGAGCUGCUUCAGGCCAAGCAGCAGCUCGUCACCCAGCAGCAGCAGCUGGAGGGACAAGACCAUCAAUUAAAGGACUAUCAGAUAAAGGAGGAGGAACUCAAAACCCAAAUUACUUUUUUACAAGAGAAAAUUAAAGUAUAUGAAAUGGAACAAGAUAAAAAUGUAGAAAACUCUACAAAUGAAAUACGGGAAAAGCAGGCAAUCAUUGAAGCAUUGAAUACAAGAAUAAUAGAAGAAGAGAAGAAAACUGCUGCAUUAAAGAAUAAAGUAACGACUGCUGAUAAAUUAGUAGAAGAUUUAAGAGAACAGCUUACAGAAAAGGACCAAGAAACCAAAAGCUUCAAACUGGAGCUAGCCAGUUCUAGGGAAAAGGAAAAGCAGUGUUCGCUUGAAAUUAAACAGUUGAUGGGGACAGUUGAAGAACUCCAGAAGAGAAACUAUAAAGAGAACCUAGAAACCGGCCUAGUGCAAAGAAUGGAAAAAGAAACCCAGCGGAAGUUAGAUCAGCUCCAGGCAGAGCUAGAUGAGAUGUAUGGGAAGCAGAUAGUGCAGAUGAAGCAGGAGUUGAUAAAGCAGCACGUGUCUCAGCUGGAGGAGCUGAGGUCCCAGCACAGGGGAGAAAUGGAGAACACUUUCAAGUCACAUGCAAAUGCUGCAGUCAGUGAAGAGCAGCUGAAGGUAAUGAGUGUGGCCAUGAGUGAACUGAACAUAAAACUACAGGAUACACUUUCCCAAAAGGAAAAACUUGGGCAAGAGCUCUGUGUAGUCAAGGGGGAAAAAUGUGCUCUGCAGAGUCAGGUUGAUGAUCUUUCCGAAGAAUCAGGCUUCUUAAGAGAGCAGAUUCAGAGAGCCAGGCAGACAAUAGCUGAACAAGAGAGCAAGCUGAGUGAGGCCUGCAAGUCCCUCAGCACAGUUGAAAGCUUGAAAGCAGAGAUUGCUGCUGCGUCUGAGACCAAGAAAGAGCUGGAGUUAAAACAUGACGCAGAAAUUACAAAUUACAAGAUUAAACUAGAAAUGCUAGAAAAGGAAAAGAAUGCAGUGUUAGACAGGAUGGCAGAGUCCCAAGAGGCUGAGCUGGAGCGCUUGAGAACGCAGCUCCUCUUCAGUCAUGAGGAAGAGCUUUGCAAACUAAAAGAUGACCUAGAAGCUGCACACCGACUUACUGUGGAAAAACUUAAAGAUAAUUUGGGCAUUCACCACAAGCAGCAGAUAGAUGGUUUACAAAAUGAAAUGAGUAAGAAGAUGGAAACUAUGCAGUGCGAAAAAGACAACUUGCUAACUAAGCAAAAUCAACUGCUUUUGGAAAUUUCUGAACUACGAGAUUUACAGGAAUCACAUAUUAAUUCAAAAUCAGAAGAAAUGACUCUUCAGAUUGAUGAACUUAAAAAGGAAAUUGAAAUCCUCAGACAAGAAGAAAAGGAAAAGGGUGCGCUUGAACAGGAAAUUCAGGAGUUACAACUUAAAACCGAACUACUAAAAGAACAACUGAAAGAAAAAGAGGAGGGUCUUCAAGAAAAAUGUGCACAACUUGAAGCAGAGAACAGCCUUCUUACAGAUGAGAAGACUGCCCUUGAAGACAUGUUGAAAUCUUACACCCCUGCAGACCAAGUGGAAAGACUAAUUGCCUUAAAAGACUGUAGCUGGCAGGAAGAAGUUGAAAUACUUAGAAAGGAAAAGGAGGACCUGAUACAACAAUGUAGUCAUCUAAAUAAGGAGAUCGAAAACCAAAGGAAUACGUUUUCAUUUGCUGAAAAGAACUUCGAAGUUAAUUAUCAAGAGUUACAGGAAGAGUAUGCUUGCCUUCUCAGAGUAAAGGACGAUCUAGAAGACAUCCAAGCUAGGCAGGCGUUGGAGUAUGAAGAUAGGAUUAAAGCACUGACCCAAGAGCUCCAUUUGCAGAAAGGAAAGCAUUCUGACUUUACUGAUGGCAAAGCUUUUGUAGCUGAACCAUUGGAAGUCAGUGAGGCAGUUAAUGAGGUGGUUGAAAAAGAUACGACAGAACUUAUGGAAAAGCUGAAAGUAACUGAGCGAGAAAAAGCAGAGCUCUCGGAGAAGCUUUCUGUCGUAUCAGAACAACUAAAGCAGACCCGUGACGAGGUGGACUCCCUAAGUGCAGAGGUUAGAUUAUUAAAUCAAGACAAAGAACAGCUUUUGUUGAGAUGUAGAGCGCUAGAGGUCCCCACUAACCCCAAGGGGACAGAAAAUGCCGCUCAGUGCCCUGUGCCAUUGAGCUCUAGCAAAGCUGGGCUUGUGACUGUGACAGACAGCCAUCAUGAAGGAUGUGAUUCUCAAAUCAGUGAAGAUUUGUCAGAAGAAUCAAAAAUAAUGAUAGAAGAUAAAAUUCCCUUUGAAGAAAGUGGGGGAGAAGAGUUGAUAUUGCUAACCAGAACAGCUGAACCAUCUCAUGGGAUAGUGGAACUGUGUGAAAAUGAAAAGCUCCAGCAAGAGCUUUGCAUCCUCAAAGCCAAGCAGGAUGACUUGAAGCUUCAGAUGGAAGCCCAGCGGAUAUGCCUUUCCCUGGUCUACUCAACGUAUGCAGACCAGGUUCGUCACACUAUGGAAAAGGAAAGGGAUGAAGCUCUUUGUAGCCUUAAAGACCAGCUUGUUUCUGCUCAAGAGAAAGAGAUGGAUGAGCUUCAUAAGAUGCACCAGUGCCAGCUCCAGGCUCUUCAGACACAGGAGACAGGUGAUGAUAAAGAGCCUUUACAAGUGCUCAUUGAACGACUUCAGAAGGCAGUGUCUGAGGAGUGCCAUUACAUUUCAGAGACUCUAAACAAUUCUCUUGAUGAACACCAUACUCCUUUAAAAUGUGAAAUGAAUAUAGAAGAGAAAGAGAAUUCUGGUGUUUACAGUCACAAUCAAAGACUAAAUUUACAAGAGUAUAGAUACCAAGUUCAAGAUUUUCAAGAUAACGUGCAAACCCUUCUCAGUAAAGUAACAGAUGAAUACAGCAAGCUUGUGGUACUGCAGACGCGGUUAAGCAAGAUUGAUGGACAGCAAACAGAUGGUAUGAAACUUGAGUUUGCUGAAGAAAAUGUGGCAAAAGAGGAAGCAAAAUCUUUGUCAGUUCAUUCUCCAGCCAAUUUACACAAUACUGAUGUCAGUCAUGAGAGCAAGGUGUCUUCUCUCCCGGAGGGUGAAAAGAGUAAAGACCAAGGAGCGCACAUGCAGGGGCUGGGGAGCCUUGUGAGCAGCUUACAGCAGCAGCUGAAAGAGACGGAAGUGCAUUCUGCGGCAGAGAUCCAGGGUUUGCAGGGGAGUCUUCAGACCGUCUGUGAUGCCACAGUGCAGCCAAGCCUCUGCGUUGAUUCCGUGGUAUUUAAAGAAUCUGAUGUACAGGAAAUAGUGGACCGUGGAAAUUGUCUAAAUGAGUAUAUCACCAGCACCACAGAGUUUCCUGGUGGAUUUGAAGGGAGGAAAGAAACAAAUAUGGUUAAGUUGAUGGAAAAACAAUAUCAAGAACGAUUAGAAGAAGAAAUCGCUAAGGUCAUCGUGUCAAUGAGUAUAGCAUUUGCUCAACAGACAGAACUCUCUAGACUAUCUGAGGUGAAAGAAAACUCUAUACAAUCAGAACAAGCACGUGGUCUGUGUUGGCAGGAACACCCUUUCAAUGACAUCACAUCACAGGGUCAAGUUGGUCCUCAUACUGCUACGGGAAUUGACAAGAAUGCUAAAGAACAAUUUAAACCACUUAGCAAAGAGUUAGAAGAGCAUAGAAAAGAAGUUCCUUUGUCUAAUGGUGAUGAUCUUGAUGAUGACAUCCUAAAGCCGAAGGACCACGAAAUAUUUUCCAGAGAUGAAACACUUGUAGUUAGACAAUGUAUCCAUGAUGAGGUGUCAAAUAUGGAGACUUCUAGACAAUUAGAAGAUAUGCGGCAGGAGCUUGUCCGACAAUAUGAAGAACAUCAACAGGCAACAGAACUGUUGAGGCAGGCGCACAUGCAGCAGAUGGAGAGGCAGCGAGAAGACCGGGAGCAGCUGGAGGAGGAGAUCCAGAGGCUCAGUGUACAGUUAGCCCAGAAAUCUUCACUAAGUACUGAAAACGUAUCAGAGAGAGAGAGGGUGCUUUUAGAGGAGCUGGAAGCACUAAAGCAGCUGUGCUUAGCUGGAAGAGAGGAGCUGUGUUGUGAGCUGCACCACAGCAGUACUCAAACACAGGAUGAAAAUGACAAUCAAGAAGUUGAGGAACAGACAUUCAAAGAGAAGACAUUGGAGAGAAAACCUGAAGAGGCAACCCUCGAUGAAAACCUGUCCAAUGAAAGACAUGCUCUCCAAAAAGCCAAUAAUAAACUUGUAAAGAUCCUGUUAGAAGUUGCCAAGACGACAGCAGCUGCUGAAGAGACAAUUGGCUGCCAUGUUCUUGGGAUUUUGGAUAGAUCUAGUAAAGGUCAGCCAGCUGCCAGCCUGCUUUGGAGAUCAGAAGCAGACCUGUCUGCAAAGCCUUGUGUUCAAGAUGCAAGUGGAAGAGUUACAGACGAGUCCGUACCCUCUUAUCCUGCAAGUGCUAUAGCAAGAACUGACAGCAGCAAGUGGUCACAAGUGACUGAGAAAGGAGCAGAACUGUCACAGCAGUUUGGGACAAGUGGUCUUGCCGGACCUGAAAUUGACCCGGAAAAUGUUGAACUGGUGCUCAAUGUCAGCUCCCGACUACAAACGGCAGUUGAAAAACUCCUCGACGCCAUAAGUGAAACUAGUAGUCAGCUGGAACAUGCGAAAGUCACACAGACAGAGUUGAUGCAUGAGUCCUUUAGACAAAAGCAAGAGGCAGCGGAGUCACUCAGGUGCCUAGAAGAACUGCAUGAACGCCUUCAAGAGGAGUCGCGGGCCAGAGAGCAGCUGGCUGUGGAGCUGAACAGAGCGGAAAGUAUUAUUGAUGGGUAUUCGGAUGAAAAAAUUGUUUUUGAAAGAGAAAUUCAGGAGAAAACGUACAUAAUAGAUCGGCUAGAACAGGAGCUGUUGUGUGCGAGCACUAGACUACAAGAGUUGGAAGCUGAGCAGCAGCAAAUGCAGGAGGAGCAGGAGCUGCUCUGCAGGCAGAAGGCCGCGAUGAGAGCAGUGGCCGGCCCACUGGAGCAGCGGCCAGUAGAUGCUGCAGUUGAUGCAGCUCCUGGAGCAGAAUUUCUACAGGAGACAGAAAAACUAAUGAAGGAAAAGUUGGAAGUACAGUGUCAAGCUGAAAAAGUACAUAAUGAACUUCAGAAGCAAGUGAAAAUUCUAGAAAUAGAUGUUGAAGAAAAGACCAGUAAGUUAAUAGAAAUGGAGCAGGAGAAAAAUGUCGAGCUAACAGAUCUAAGGCAGCAAAACCAAGCACUGGAAAAGCAGCUGGAGAAAAUGAGACGAUUUAUUGAUGAACAAGCAGUUGACAGGGAGCAUGAGAGAGAUGUGUUUCAGCUGGAAAUACAGAAGCUGGAGCAGCAACUUAAGGUUGUGCCUCGACUCCAGCCCACCAGUGAGCAGCAGACCAGAGAGGUCGAGCAGUUGACUACUCAUCUGAAAGAAAAAACAGACAAGUGCAGCGAGCUGCUGCUGUGUAAGGAGCAGCUGCAGAGAGACGUGCAAGAACGGAAUGAAGAGCUCGAGAAGCUGGAGUGUCGAGUGCGAGAGCUGGAGCAAGCGCUGCUCGUCAGUAUAAAUGACCAGAAGCAGUCUGGAGGUGUCGAGGCUAAACCUGAAUUGUCUCUAGAAGUUCAAUUGCAGGCUGAGCGGGAUGCUAUAGAUAGAAAAGAAAGAGAGAUUUCUAACUUAGAAGAGCAAUUGGAGCAGUUCCGAGAAGAACUGGAGAAUAAGAAUGAAGAGGUUCAGGAGCUCCACAUGCAGCUAGAAAUACAGAGGAAGGAGUCCACCACCCGUCUGCAAGAGCUCCAGCAAGAAAACAAGCUGUUUAAAGAUGAAAUGAAGAAACUGGAAUUUGCCCUGAAGGAAUCUAAUCCCAUGUUAACUCAUGAUCAGCCCAUGUUGUUUGGGAAAUUUGCACAAAUAAUACAAGAAAAGGACGCUAAAAUUGACCAGUUAAAUGAGCAGUUUACUAAACUCGAGCAGCAACUUAAACUCGCAACAGAUAACAAGUUAAAAGAACAAAAUAUAACAUCACUUCAAAGAGAUGCAAGCAAAGUUAAUGAUCAGCUUACAAAUGUCAAAGAGGAAUUAUCCCACUUCUUAGGAAAAGAAAAUAGGACUGGAGAACAGGAAAUUGGAAAAGUCAUCAUGUCCGAGCCACUUCCUGUAGAUGGCUGCUUUGGGCUCCCAACGGAGGGAGAUGGUGAGGUUAGUAACCAGCUGCCACAGAUCCUUAAACCUCCAGGUCAGACUGAAUUAUGGGGUGACUGUUCCCCAGAAGACGUCACAGAAAUCAUCAGUCAGUUUACUGAAAAAAUUGAACAAACGCAAGAGAUCCAUGCUGCAGAAAUUUUGAAUAUGGAAUCCAGACAUAUUUCAGAAGCUGAAACUUUGAAGAGAGAACAUCACGUUGCAAUCCAGUUACUGACUGAAGAAUGUAAUUCUUUAAAGAAAAUGACCCAGUGUUUAAAAUCUAAACAGGCGUCCUCCAUUCCUGGAAUGACAUAUUCAAAUGCUCACCAAACUAGAGAAAUAUGUUCAAGUGAUUCUGAAUCAGACUGGGGCCAGGGGUUUGACACGGCAUCAGAAGGUCAAGAAGAAGGUGAAAGUUCAGCUAGUACAGUUCCAAAAGUGGUAAAGGGAUUGUUGAGAGCUGUCCAUACUGAGGGCGUGCAGAUGCUUUCUAUAGCGGACCUCCCUGAUGAUGAUGGAGAGAACCUGUCCGCACAGCAGGCUUCACAGUCUUGGCUGGAAGAGAGGAGAGCUUACCUCUCUACUAUCUCAUCUCUUAAAGACUUAAUUUCCAAAAUGCAAGUGCAAAGACAGACUGAGGUCUGUGACCAAUCGCAGUCUCAGGAGAGCCUCUCAGAUUGGCGAGGUGAACUUCUGCUUGCCCUUCAGGAUGUACUAUUGAAGGAACGCAGCGUAUUACUAGCUGCAUUCCGAACAGAUCUGACAUCUCUCGGCACUAGAGAUGUUAACGAAUUAUUAAACUGUUUGGAACGGAGAAUACAAGAGCAGGGCAUUGAGUAUCAAACAGCUAUGGGAUGUCUCCAGAAAGCAGACAGGAGGAGUUUGCUGGCUGAAAAUGAAGCAUUACGUGCUCGAAUUAAUGGCAGGGAAAUGACUCUGAACAAAGGACAAGAAACCGGCCCAUCAAGCCAAGAACUCCCGGACUGCAGUAUGCAGCAGUCUUGCAUGCUGGAGAUGCAGGGUCAGCUCUGUGCCAUGAAAGACAGAAUGACCGAACUACAGGAACAGCUGAGUUCGGAAAAGAUGGCGGUUUCGGAAUUAAAAAGUGAACUCUCUCAGACACAGCUGGAGCUGGACACCACACUGAAGGCCCAGCAUGAGCAGCUGAAGGAACUGGAAGCUUUCAGGCUACAAGUUAAAGACAAGGCAGAUGAAGUUCAUUUGCUUAGUGAUACAUUAGCAAGCGAACACAAGAAAUCCCAAGAACUUCAGUGUGCUUUGGCAACAGAGAAAGCCAAGUCAGGCCACUGUGAAGAGCGGGAUAAAGAACUCAAGGAUCUCAGAUUCACUCUAGAAGACCAGAAACAGAGGAAUAUACAGUUGGAUGCACUUUUGGGACAACAGAGACAACUAUUAAAUGAGUUACAGCAAAAAAUAGAAUCACAGAGAAUGCUGUAUAAUGCGCAGUUAUCAGAAGAACAAGGCCGGAACUUAGAGCUCCGGGUUCUUCUGGAGUCUGAGAAGGGUAGGAUUCAGGAGAUGAAGGACACGCUGGACAAGGAGCGGGAGCUGCAUGCCCAGCUGCAGAGCAGCGGUGAUGGAGGGCAGCCCCGGCCAGUCUGCCCUCCUAAGGAACUACUUCAAGAACUACAGCAGCAGCUGGAGGAGAAACAGAAACAUAUCAUCGAACUCGUAAGUGAGACUCAGAAGUACAAACUGGAUUCCUUGCAAACAAAGUGUCAGAUGGAGAAGGACAGGCAGGUUCACCAGAAGACGCUGCAGAUGGAAAAGGAAGCUAACACCCUGGGCCAGAGGAAGAUGGAGGAGCUGCAGAGCAAAGUGGAAGAACUGCAGCGCCAGCUGCAGGAGAAGAAGCACCAGGUGUAUAAGCUAGACCUCGAAGGGAAGCGCCUGCAGGGCCUUAUGCAGGAGUUCCGGAAGCAGGAGCGGGAGGACAGACGGGGGAGCAGACGACUUGUAUGUCAGAAUAUUAAUAAGCAAGCCACCUGGAAUUUUACUGACGACCGAACUAGGAACUGGGUUCUUCAACAAAAGAUGGGCGAAGAGGUCAAAGGCACAAGCUCCACAGCACUGAUUGGAACAAAUGGAGGACAGAUUGUGGAUAGUAACGAUGUGGAACUUAUCAGACAGAAGCUUCAGCACGUGGCUACAAAGCUUCAACAACAUGUAGCCCAGAAGGCCUGUGACAGACUAGAGUUUGAAGUAUCGGAUGAGGAUACUUUAAUUUGGGUUCGGGAAAGAAUUGAUCGAAUUAUUUUGCGACUACAGAGACUAACUGGCCGGCCAGAUGAUGAGCACAGCUUAGCAUCCUCGAGCACCUCCUGUGGCUCCUUAACAGAAACUCUGCUGAGACAGAAUUCGGAGCUCACAGGACAUGUAAACCAACUAACCGAGGAGAAGAAUGGCUUACGGAGCAUUAUCAUGAAACUGGAAGAACAGAUAAAGUUUUAUCAGCAGACAAGAGCUGGUAGAAAUGAUGCCAUGUCUCUGCAGUCCUCUGGGCUUUCGCCUGAUGGUAGUGCUAACAUCGAAGACGUCAUUGCUUCAGAAAAAGAAGUCUGGAGCAAAGAGAAGUUGUCUCUUCAGAAAUCCCUCAAAAGGGCAGAAGCAAAAGUAUGUGAACUAAAAGCCGAACUAAGAAAUGAUGCUGUACCUCAAAAUCGGAGCCCUGACUCUGAGAAUGCUAUAUUUAAGAGACUGUAUGGUAAAUACUUGAGAGCGGAAAGUUUCCGCAAAGCUCUUGUAUUUCAGAAGAAGUACCUGCUGCUGCUCCUGGGGAGACUCCAGGAGUACGAAGAGGCCACUGUGGGGCUGCUUGCCCGCAUGGCGGGAUGCCCAGGCCUCAGGAAUCCGGAGACCGUCACCAGCCGCCCAAAGGGAUCUACCAGGUUUCGCAUAGCCGCCAGAGUUUCUAUUGCAGUCUCAAGAAUGAAGUAUUUGGUUCGGCGGUGGCAUCAAGUCAAAGGUUCUGGUCCUAUCAAUAUUCACAGGGAUGGCUUUGGAUUGAGUCCAGGUGUUGAGAAGACUGAUCCACUCUAUCACUCUUCGGGUGGACUGGAGUUGUAUGGAGACACAAGACAAAUGACAUACCGCUCAAGAUCAGACCUGGAUCUCCCUCGAUCUCCCUUACCAUUCAAUAGGUACCCAGGGACCGUAGCUGAUUUAAAUACUCCAUCUCUGACCUACCCUCAACUCCAGCAUUACAAUCCUGGCAGAACUCUGACAGAUUACGUCACCCAGAUGGAGGCAUUGCAAAGACGCCUCGGAACUACUGUACAGUCAGGUUCACCUUCAUUUCAGUUUCACACUGGCAUGAGGAGAUAAUCCUCCAUUUCAUACUGGCAUGAGAAACACGUAUUAAUUGAAUUUUAAAUAGAUUCCCUUUUAUAAAUCAAUGGCUCUUUUGUGCUUUUUUAUUGUGAAUAUUCAGUGGGACCAACCAAUGCAAACACAUUUAUGAUUGUAUACGAAUCCUUGCCAGCACAUGAAGAUAAACUGGAGUUUGUGUAUAUAGGCAUUGUGUGUGUUCGUGCACAAUAAUCAUUACAUUACAUGUAUAUUUGUGGGAUGCUAAUUUAAAUGAUUAAAUUAUAAACUGUAUUUAUCAGAUGGGUGGAAAGAUUAAACUUUUCCAAUGACGAUGCUGCUGGAUGUGUAGCGUGCAGUGUCCUGCACUUUUCUUACAAGGCUACAUGUUUCUGCCUAAUAGAUUUGCUACUGGUGAUGAAGACAGCACGUCACUUGUAGAGACCUAUUUUUGUAUAAUGGUAGAAGUUUUGAAGUUUCCUGGGGUAUUUUGUCAAGUACUGAAAUAAAAAUGACUUCACCAUUUUCACCA